UCGGUCUCUCGCAUUUUGCCGCGUUGAAUCGCACCGACCUCAUCUUCUCAAAUUCACUUCGUCUGCUUUCCUCUUUUGCGCUCUCUGUCUCUCUCUGCUUCUCUAAUGGCGGAAUCUUCAGUCAAACCGGUUCCUCUACUGAAGGAUGAGCUCGAUAUCGUCAUCCCGACGAUUCGAAACCUCGAUUUCUUGGAGAUGUGGAGGCCGUUCUUCCAACCUUACCACUUGAUCAUAGUCCAAGAUGGCGAUCCUUCCAAGACCAUCAAGGUCCCUGAGGGCUUCGAUUACGAGCUCUACAACCGCAAUGACAUCAACCGGAUCUUAGGUCCUAAGUCUUCUUGCAUUUCCUUCAAGGAUUCUGCCUGUCGGUGCUUCGGCUACAUGGUCUCUAAGAAGAAGUACAUCUACACCAUCGAUGACGAUUGCUUUGUUGCUAAAGAUCCAUCUGGCAAAGAUAUUAAUGCACUUGAGCAGCACAUCAAGAAUCUCCUCUCACCUUCUACUCCAAUUUUCUUCAAUACUCUUUAUGAUCCUUAUAGAGAAGGUGCUGAUUUUGUUCGUGGAUACCCUUUUAGUCUACGUGAGGGUGCAGCCACUGCUGUUUCUCAUGGUCUCUGGCUCAACAUUCCUGAUUAUGAUGCUCCAACACAACUUGUCAAGCCUCUCGAGAGGAACACCAGGUAUGUUGAUGCUGUUUUGACGGUGCCAAAAGGAACAUUGUUCCCCAUGUGUGGUAUGAAUCUUGCAUUCAACCGUGAGCUUAUUGGACCUGCCAUGUACUUUGGACUCAUGGGUGAUGGUCAGCCUAUUGGACGAUAUGACGAUAUGUGGGCCGGUUGGUGCAUGAAGGUUAUCUGUGAUCAUUUGGGAGUAGGAGUCAAAACCGGUCUUCCCUACAUAUGGCACAGCAAAGCAAGCAACCCAUUUGUUAACCUCAAGAAGGAAUACAAAGGCAUCUUCUGGCAAGAAGAGAUAAUUCCAUUCUUCCAAGCUGUCACUCUGCCAAAAGAAUGCACCUCUGUUCAAAAGUGCUACAUUGAAAUUUCCAAACAGGUCAAAGAAAAACUUGGAAAAGUUGAUGAUUAUUUCCUCAAACUAGCUGACGCUAUGGUCACUUGGAUUGAAGCUUGGGAUGAGCUUAACGCUCCGUCCGAAGCAAAUUCUUCAAGGCAAGCUAAUGGUCCUUCCAAGUGAACCUCUAAUUUUUGUGAUCUGUAGUGUCCAAAGUCUGUAGUUUCUGGUGAUUUAGAUUUUGGUAAUCAUUUCUCUUGUUGCUGCUGCUGCUGCUGCUAUUAUCAUUAUUAUUUUUAGUUUUGACGUUGUAUUUGUUAUUGUUUACCUCUUAAAUUCAGGUGAAAUCAUGAUUUUGGAUG